AUGGCAUCAGAUAUUCUGUGGAAUCAUUUUGCCAACUACAAGUGCAUUGCAGCAUUGUCGGAUGAUUCAGACGCUGUUCUGGACAUAGUAUCGUCGGUGACCACAACUGAACGCAUUUCAUUUGCCAGUGCCGAAGAUCCUGUGGAGCAUCUCUUGAUCUCCGCCAUGGACGCCGACUGCCAGGGAUUAGUGGCUCGAUGCCACGACGCAGCAGCUGGUGUCGGCGCGAUCCUCAAGGCGUCCAAACUGGCGAACCGGAGAGGCAAUCGUCGCUUGCUGGUUUUGCCGGUAGCGGGGUCCCCGCCCACUAAUGUGUCUGCAAUCUUCGCUCUACGCAGUAUUGAGAUUGUGCCUGAUAUUGUGGUGGCUAGACAGGUGGACGGAGUUGACAGCUUUGAGCUGGUGACUAUGAAGUUCACAGGUGAAGAGACGUGGCGGGAUGAGCUGGUGGUGGCGCAGUGGCGGCGGGGGCGUGGCCUGGAGCCGCCGUCAGCGGAUCUUUUCCCAGACAGAAUGGCGGACAUGGAGGGCCGCCAGUUGGUUUUCGCUACAAUCAACUACCCGCCAUACGUUAUACUCAAAACCGAGUCCAAUGUACUGGAUGGUGUGGAGAGUCGCAUCCUCCUCGAGUUCGUCAGCAAGAAAAAUGCGACGUGGCGUGUGGAUGACUACGCAGUGGACAGGUGGGGCUCGAUAUGGGACAACGGCUCCGGGAACGGCCUGCUGGGCGCCGUGGCGAUGGGCGAGGCGGACGCGGCUUACGCGGCCGUGUACCGCUGGUUCCCCGAGUACCUGUUUGUCGACUACACGCGGCCCUACCUGCGCGCCGGCAUCGCCUGCAUGGCACCACGGCCGCGCACGCGCCCCGGCUGGCAGGUGCCCGUGCUGCCCUUCUCGCCCCUCCUCUGGGCCGCUGUCUGGGCCUCCGUGGUGCUCGCCACACUCGCACUCUACUCUGCCAGAAGGACGUCCAACUGGGUGCUCGGUGAUACGCAGGGUGGCGGGCGGUACUCAACACUAGAGGACUGCUUCUUCCGUUCUUUGGGCCUGCUGGUGCUGCAGACACCCGACUUGGAGCGGCGCCACACACGUGUCGUGGGCCCCACGCGCCACGUGCUGUCCUGGCUGCUGAUCGCCUACCUGCUCGUCACCGUCAGCUACGGCAGCGGACUCUCCUCCGUGCUCACCAUACCCAGAUAUGAGCGACCGAUAGACACCGUGUCUGACCUACACGAGAGUGGUCUGGAGUGGGCUGAAAGACAUUUGGUGUACCUCUACUCAAUCAGAGAACUCACAGAUCAGAUCUACGUGGACCUGAUCCAGCGCUUCCGUGUGUUCUCAUCGGAUACCCUACACUCUAGGACCACCACACGAGAUUUGGCCUUCGUCAUAGAGAGACUUCCAGGAGGUUAUUUCACGAUCGGUGACUACAUCGACGAGGAGGCAGCUAGUAGGUGGCUACGACCAAUGCGUGAGGACAUCUAUUGGGAGUAUGUGGUCUUUGCAGUCCCCAAAGGAUGGGCGUAUCUUCAGAGACUUGACAACAUGAUCGACAGACUCCUCCAGGCUGGAAUAAUGUAUACCUGGGAAGGACAGGUGGCUCGCAAGUGGUUGGUGCCGAGAGUGCAGCUGGCCGCACAGAUAGGGAUGCGCUCUUACGCCCAGUCUCCGGACGGCCCCAUCAAGCUGCAGCUGACCCACGUGCAGGGAGAGUUCGCUCUGUUGAUCCUCGGACUCUUCUUGUCGCUGGUUGUCCUCCUGGUAGAAAUCGCCAUUCACCGCAAAACCGCCGUCGUCGCACGGCUGAAGGGCUUUACCACGACGAAAGUAAAGCAGAGGGCGCACCCCACAGAAGACCCGGUCAAUAAAGGAGCUCCCGGCAAGGACCUGGGCAGUGAAUAA